AUGGAGAAGAUACAAAACCAGGAGUUAGCUUCUGAGAAUGAGCUUUCCUUGAAACCUCACCCUUGCCCUGAUUGUGGGAAGCACUUCAAGAGACGCCAUGAGCUUAAAGUACACAAGCGUGUCCACACCAGAGAACGACCUUUCCCCUGCCCAGAGUGUGGGAAGUGCUUCCGGCAAAAGUCAGCUUUGAUGACCCAUCAGUUGGUGCAUAGCAAAGAGCGCCCCUUCCCUUGCCCUGAGUGUGGGCGCUGCUUUGCCCAGAAGCAGUACGUGAGGAAGCACCAAUGGGUGCAUAGAAAUGAGCGUCCCUUCCCCUGUCCUGAUUGUGGGCGCUGUUUUACCCAGAAGCAAUACCUCAAGAAGCACCAGCAUUUGCACAGCGGGGAGCGUCCCUUCACCUGUUCAGAGUGUGGACGGUCCUUUUCCCAAAAGCAAGACCUCAAGAAACACCAGCAUGUACACAGUGGGGAGCGCCCUUUCCCCUGCCCUGAGUGUGGGCGUCAGUUUGCCCAAAAACAGGAUCUGAAAAGGCAUCAGCGUGUGCACAGUGGUGAGCGGCCAUACCCUUGCCCUGAAUGUGGGCAUCACUUUUCCCAAAAGCAAGACUUGAAGAAGCACCAGCGUGUGCACACUGGUGAGCACCCCUUCCUCUGCUCUCAGUGUGGGCAUCAUUUUGCCCAGAAACAGGGCCUGAAGAAGCACCAGCGUGUGCACCAGAAAGCACAGGCUGGCAAACGGCCCUUCCUAUGCCCUGAUUGUGGGCGUCCCUUCGCCCGGAUGUAUUACCUAAACAAGCACCAAAGCAACAUUCACAACAGUGAGAAUUCUUUCGCUUGUCCUGGCUGGGAUCAGCCAUUCAGCAGCAUGGCCAGUACUUCCAUCAGCUUUGAGUUGAUCAAGCUUGGACCACUGGACUGGUGA